AUGGUUUUUUCCUCUCAAGGUACGGCCGGACACCUCCUCUCGUCACACCUCCUCCCUUCUCUGUUCCUCACCUUCCGCGUUUCCCCCACCAAGCAGGGCAGUUCCUGGCCAAGCCACUCAAGUCCCUUCCUGCACCACGCAAUGUCAUCUCCACCCUUCUCUCCGUGCCCCUUAUCUCUCUCCUCUCCCCACCAGGCAGGGCAGUUUCUAGCCAAGCCUGACAUGUCCUCACCUGCAUGGGUGCAAACUCAUCUCCUCUCCUCACUCGUCCCCUACCAAUCUCUCCUCUUCUCUUCCACCCACCAGGCAGGCCAGUUCCUAGCCAAGCCAGACAUGUUCUUAAACCCUGAACCCCCUUUCUCCCCCCAACCCUCCUCCUCUCCCCACGAGGCGGGUCAGUUCCUAGCCAAGCCAGACAUGUCCCCACCAGCCUGGGUGCGUCGCCUCGCCCCCCUCCUCACUACUCCACCUCUAACCUUUUCUCCUCUUUUCUUCACCUCACCCCCUCUCUCCCUCCAGGCAGGUCAGUUCCUAGCCAAGCCAGACAUGUCCCCCCCAGCCUGGGCAGGUCAGUUCCUAGCCAAGCCAGACAUGUCCCCCCCAGCCUGGGUGCGUCGCCUCGCCCCUCUCCACGACAGUGCGCCUGCCGACCCCUUCCCUCUCGUCCGGGGCACCGUCGAGGCUGAGCUGGCAAGCGCUGACGUGGCAGGGAGUGACGUGGCAAGUGCUGCUGACGUGGCACGGGUGCGGCUGGAAGACGUGUUUGCAGAGUUUGAGGAGGAGCCCGUUGGAUCUGCGUCCAUUGCCCAGGUGCACAGGGGCAGGGGCAAGAAUGGGCGCCGUGUGGCCAUCAAGGUGCAGCGCGCGGGAGCAGAGCGCCUGAUGCUGAUGGACCUGGCGAAUCUGCGGCUCUUUGGUGCCUUCCUGCAGCGCACCGAGCUCAAAGUGGACCUGCUGGGUCCCAUUUCUGAGCUGGAGCAGCAGAUCCGGUUCGAGUUUGACUUUGCCCACGAGGCAGCCGCCAUGGAGCGAAUCAGACACGCCCUGGCCCAGCCGGACGGGGGCGAGAGGCAGAAGAGGCACGGAAGGAUCCGGAGCAGUAGGCGAACUGACAGAAGUGGUGUGGGUAGUGGAGGGAUUAGCAAGGCAGAUAGGGCAGAUGGGGCAGAUAGGAGGGAGAGGGUGGGUAGGGUAGGAAGUGUGGCGCAUGUGGGGACAAGGGCAAGACAUGGAGGUCGAUAUGGGGUUGAAGGUGGUGGGAGGAGCGCGGAGGUGGAUACACGUUCGUCACCUGUCAUCGUGCCAGCAGCCAUACCAGGCCUCGUCACCAGGCGCCUACUGGUGAUGGACUUUAUCGACGGCACACCCAUGCUGAGACUGCCUGAGGAGAUGCGCAAGCGAGGCAUCAGCCCUGGUGGCGCACUGGCAAGGCAGACCAAGAGUCGCAUAUUCUCAGCGCUAUCAACAGCCUAUGGGCGUAUGCUGCUGCAGCACGGGCACUUUCAAGCCGACCCCCAUCCGGGCAACAUCCUCGUGUGUGCGGGGGGCAGGGUGGCUUUAUUAGACUACGGCCAGACCAAGCAGCUGCCCGAAGCGCUGAGGCUCAAUCUGGCGCGCUUGGUGGUGGCGAUAGCAGAUGGAGACAUGCUAGCCGUUGGAUCGUGCUUCAGGGCGAUGGGGAUAGAGACGGCCAAGACGGCAGGGGAGCAUCCCAGCAGCUUCCGCCGCAUGGCUAUGAUCAUGUUUGACACGGGAUCUGGUAACGGGGUUACCAGCGCGAAUCCCUUCGGGGAGGAGAGCUCGCUCAAGAGCAAUGCGAUGAAGGCUUUCCCAGCGGACAUCUUCUUUAUAGUGCGCACCAUGAUGUUGCUAAAGGGCCUGUCUACCGGGAUGGGUCUGUCAGUGUCCACUGCCAAGCAAUGGCGCCCCAUGGCACUGCGGCCGUCGGAUUACCAUGGCGUGAAGGCGCUUCUGCGAACCUUCCUGGACGGCAAGAGGUGGGACCUGCCGGCCUUUGUGGACGCGGUCACCUCGGGAACUCCGGGGGGAGGCGCAGCCGGGGAGGGUGAUGCUGCUGGCAGUGGUGGAAGUGGGAGUGUGGCGACGGUGGUGAAGGCAGGCGAUGAGGGGAGCGUGCUGGGGCUCACUGCUUGUCUGCCGUUGAUCUGCAAGUCCAAGGGGUGGACGGCGGAUUUUGUCCGGUUCCUGCACGAGGGGUGUGACAACAGGGCGCAGUGGGACGAGCUGUGGGGGGUGAUGCAGAGGGGGCGCGUGGGUGUGGUGGUGUGCGAGCGUGUGGCCAACCUGCCCUUCCAACUCGUGCCUCACCUCUUCAGAAGCACGCUGCAACCUAUGCUGGAGAAGGGAGCACCAGUGGAGAAGUUUCUUAUCCUCACACGCAUGUACCGCCAGACGGGCGGCAAGGUGGCAAGGAAGCAGGCCAAGGGAGCGAAGAGCAGCGGCUCAGAGCUGUUUUUUCCCAAGCCAGAGGACGAGCUCCUCAAGAAGCUCGCCACGUCAUCGUAUUCCUUCCCGGUCCACGCUGACGUCAUGGCUUCUAGACAGCUGAAGGGCUUUCAACACCUUCGCCUAGUGAUGCUCCUUUCGGCAGCACAAGUGCGCAACUUCCUAGAGCAAGUUAAUGACAUGGUGGAUGAAGAUUGA